UACAUGGAUCAAAACUACUAUUACCUUUUUGUAAAAUCACACUACUGUUUGUUUUCCUUUUUAUUUCUUCUCUCUCUCUCUCAACUUACACGUACACAUACAUAAAGCCAACUGGCAGUUUUGAUUCAUUCACAAAGAGAUGAAAUAAUUAGGCCAAAAGAUAUGAAAAAGGACAAAUGUAGUCUAGGAUUUGAAUGCGAUUUUCUUGGUUUUUUCUCCCUCCAUUCUUCUCCUUUCUUUCUUUCAUUCCACUUAUUUAUAUGGAGGAACACUAGGCAUGAAUAGAGAGAAGACAUCAGCUCAUGAAUUACUCUUUGGGAGUUUAAUUAGAAAUAAAAAUAGAGUGAAAAGAGAAAUAAUGAAUAUAUCAACAUCAAAAUUCAGUGGUAGUGGGUGUGAAUCUGGUUGGACCCUUUACUUGGAAGAAUCAAAUAUUUCAGAAGCUGAUAAGUUAAGGAUAGAUCAUAAGGAGGAAAAAGAAAAUGAUUGUGGUUAUGAGGAGGGGGAGGAGGAGGACUUAUCAAUGGUGUCCGAUGCUUCUUCUGGACCUCCCCAUUAUCAUGAAGAUGAUCAUGAUCAUGACUACAACGAAAAUGGCUCCUAUAUUUCUUUCUCUUCUUCUUGGGCCUAUAACAAAUCAACAAACAAGGAUAAGAAGAAGAUGAUGAAAUCUAAGAUGAAAGAAAAAUGUACAGAAGAAGAGCAUCGUUCUUGUCUAGAUGACACUGCUAGCUCCCCUGUUUCCAAGAAAAAGUCAACUUUUUCUAGGAGCAAAGCUUUAAUGGAUAAUGUAGUUGACCAUUCUCAAGGCUUUUCUGCAACACAUAGGGGAGAAUCGGCAAUGGGGAAGCAUGUUGAUCUGUAUCAAUCCCCAAUGACCAAAUAUUCAGCCUCGCAGGAGCCAGGUAAGGCCCUCUACAGUGUUUCUUUUUUUUUUCUUUUAAAUUUAUUUAUGAUUAUCAAGGCCAUCUGCAGUGUUCUCUUUUCAACUCUCAAGCUCCAAAAUCAUUUAAAUAAAGAUGUGAUAUUUGUAAUUACCUGUUAUCUUUUUUCUAUAAAAUAUCCUUAAUUAUUGGCAGGUGAUUUACAAGGAAGAAAUUGGAAAUGACAUUGUAAUAUUAUUAAGGAUUUUCCUUGGUAUCUGCUUCUGCAGUGGCUGCAAAUAGAAGAAAUGGCAAGAGUGUUGUAAAGGCCAAGUAAGGAGUUGAAAAGUUGAUGCCCAUUGCCCAAAAAGGAAUUUGUUCCCAACCCCCUACCCCUUUUUCUUUUCUUUUUCUUUUUUUUUUUUCAAUUUCAAUUCUUCUUCUUUUUUUUCCUCUUGUCAAUGAAGUGGGAAACAACUUAAGCAGUUAAGUAUAUAAAAUAUAUCAAUUUCUUGUA